CUCACCACCAAACACGCGUCAUAGCCGCAUUCACAUCCCCACGACAUGUUAAUUAAUUCUUCUUACUCCAAAUCUGCUGCCGAAAACUCCGUGCCCCUGCUCCCUCGCGCAUCCUGCUCUUGCUCUCGUCAUCGCGGCCUUCCAGAAGCUUCGGCUGUUGGUUGCCGUACAAGAAGAGGCGGUGCCCCGCGCGCCUCCCGAGUUCUCACCAAUCCAUACACAGUAUACACGGACCAUUCCUCCUCCUCUAACAGUAGCCCUGGAGAGCUGCCCACGACGCCGUCGGUGAGACACGCCGACAAGUAGCUUUCCUUCCGUCGGGCGCCUCUCCAUCCUCCUCCCUCCUCCUCCUCCGCCCUCCUCCCUCCUUCGCUCUCUCGCCGCACCUCUCCCCCACCACCAUGCCCGCCGGCAACGAAUACGCCGCCGAGCAGCUCAAAAACGCGGGCAACCUGAAAUUCAGAGAAGGCGACUUUGAGGGCGCCGAGCAGCUCUACUCGCAGGCCAUCAUCAAGAACAACAAGAACCCCUUGCUGUUCACGAACCGGGCGAAUGCGCGGCUCAAGUUGGAGAAGUGGGAGGGCGUGGUGGAUGAUUGUCUGAAGAGCGUAGAGAUCCAGCGCGAGAAUAUGAAGGCUUUCUUCCUGUUGGCACAAGCCCAACUCUCCCUCAACCACCCCAACGAAGCCCUCUCCUCCGCCCUCACCGCAUACGACCUCUGCACCAAGUCGCCCACCCAAACCAACAACGCCGCCCGCAUCACCGCCCUCGUCCUGCAAUGCAAAAAAGCCAAAUGGGAGAUCCGCGAACGGGACCGCAUCCGCCGCCGCGCCGACCUCCUCGCCGAGCUAGAGGAAAAACUCGAGCAAGACUACAAACGCCAAAUCUUCGACGUGGACGAGAAGAUGGCCGCCGGCACCGUCGGCCGCGUCGAGGGCACCGAGGAGAAAGCCGAACUCAAGUCGACCUGGGAGAAGAAGGUCGACGACCUGCGCACCGCCUUCGCCGUCUCGGACCCGGAGCACAUGGCCAAGCGCGAGGUGCCCGACUAUCUCAUCGACGGCAUCACAUUUGAGAUUAUGCACGACCCCGUCGUGACGAAGAAUGGGCGGAGUUAUGAGCGCGCGACCAUCAUCGAGCAUUUGAAGCGCAGCGCGACGGACCCACUGACGAGGGAGCCGCUCAAGAUUGAGGAGCUGAGGCCGAAUAUUGCGCUCAAGGAGGCGUGCGAGCAGUUUUUGGAGGGGAAUACGGGGUGGGUUUAUGAUUGUGGGUUCGGAGAAGACGCCACUGAUCCCCGCUGGGCGCAUUUGUCGUCCUACUAGCCACGGACACCGUUUGGUUCUCCAUCUCCAUCGUCAUGAAAGCCGACGUAAUCAUUCUCCUGCACGGAAUAACGGAGCAAUGGCGGCAUAACGACGUGUUAUCAUUUCGUCUUUCUUCUCUCUUAUGGGUAUCAUCAAUAUUGCAUAGCAGCGAGCAGGGCAUGGGUAGCGACGGCGUUGAAAGGGUCAUCAUCUAUUUUUUUUUGUUUUUACUUUCUUAUUUAGUCGGCAUGGAUCUUACGUAUACCCCGAAUCCAUCCAUCCAUUUGUUUUCUUAUACAUCUCUUCGUUUUCUUUCUGCCUGUUACCGCCUAUCAGUGCAUUGCGUCACGAGUGGGUGAGCCUAUUCUACGUUACAUACCACAUACACGUACAAUAUGAAUCCUGCUCUCUAUUUCUAUGCCCCACCUACUGGUCCAAAGCCCUUGCAUCUCUUACAAGUUAUACACACAUCCCACCCU